AUGGAGUUUGGCGACGUGAGAAAUCGGAAAACGAGACAAGAUUCCAGGGACUAUGAUUCAUCAGAAUAUGAUAGCAUAGAUGAUAGGUCAAAAGGAAAGAAAGUAAAAAAAUCCCUUCUAGGGAUUUCUACUAGAGACAUGUAUUAUCUCGGUGGACUUAUCCUCGUCGCCAUAUUCGUGAGGGCAUACAAACUAGAACAACCUAGCUCAGUAGUAAAAUAUAUCAAGGGUAGAUUUUUCAUGGAUGUGCAUCCACCGUUAGCAAAGCUACUUAUCACGCUUGCUGGUGUGUUUGGGGGUUUUGACGGAAACUUUGAUUUCAAGGAAAUUGGAAAAGAUUACCUCGAGCCAAGAGUUCCAUACAUAACGAUGCGCUUGUUGCCCACCAUUAUGGGAAUAUUCGUCAUACCAAUUAGCUACCUGACUAUUAAGUUGGCCGGUUUUUCAACAAUUUCAGCUAUCUUGGUAUCAACUUUAUUGAUAUUUGAACAACAGAUUACGUUAUAUCCUCACAUGGAUAGCAAUAAUGAAUGGCUCAUCGAGAAUGUAACCGAUCCCAAUGCUCCUGCUAACCCAUAUAACGCAUCAGGCCCUUCGUGGAUCACUCAUUAUUCGGUAAUUCGUUUAAACCAUAUUGCAACUAGUAGGAGGUUACACAGUCAUGAAGUCAGACCUUCUGUAACGGAUGCAGAUUAUCAUAACGAAGUAAGUGCUUAUGGGUUUGAAGGCUUUGGUGGUGACGCUAAUGAUCAUUGGCGCGUGGAAAUUGUCGAAAGCGAUCCAUCUGACCUUGAAUCUGAAAAAAGACUUCGAACAAUUCAUUCAAAAUUUCGACUUCGUCAUAUGAUGACCGGAUGUUAUCUUUUUUCACACCGCGUAAAAUUACCAGAGUGGGGUUUUGAACAACAAGAGGUCACAUGCAUAAAAGGCGGAACUUAUCCGAAUACAGUUUGGUAUAUCGAGAGUAAUCAGAACCCAGAUUUGCCAGAAGAUACCGAAAUGGUGAAUUAUAAAAAACCAGGAUUCAUUAAAAAGUUCUGGGAACUCAACAAGGUUAUGUGGAACACAAAUAAAGGAUUAACCGACUCUCAUCCCUAUGAGUCUCGCCCCACCGAUUGGGUCCUAUUGAAUCGUGGCAUUAGUUUUUGGUCAAAAGAUCAUCGUCAAAUUUAUCUAAUUGGGAACCCUUUGACCUGGUGGACAUCAUCAGUAGCCGUUUUGCUGUUCGUCGUAUUUGAGGCCAUUAUCAUAUUGAGAUCUAAGAGAGGAUAUUUGGAUCAUUUGAAUGCGUAUGGUAGUCCGUGGAUAAAAUCCGAGUGCAACAGCAUGAAAUGGGUAGAUACAUGGGAUUACGACUGCAAUAAUAAUUUCGAUACCUAUGAAGAGUAUAAAAAUUCACUUGCCAUAAAGGCGACAGGAACUUCAACUGAGCCCCCUAUGACGGUAGACGAAGCUGAUGUCAAGCAAGAUGACAAGAUUGAGGUUGAAGUGCAGGGAAAAGAAGAAUACGUUGAAACCCCAAAAUCUGAAGGGCAAGUUGAUGGUGGACAAGUUGUGCUUGAUCUGGAUGCGAAGGAAGCUGUACAAGUAUCUCAGGUCUUCGAGGUCCCACCAAUUUCCCAGGAAAAUACAUUGGACAUUUCUGUAAAUUCUCAACAAGAUCAUAUGGAUAACGAUGCACUAAAAGGUCAGACAAGUGAUAAAGUUGAGAAUUCAAUUCAACAGGAAAAUGUAUUAACCACUCCUCAGUCCGAUCACGAGGACAAAGUUGAGGAUGAGUUGGUGACACCUCAGCCGGAUCAUGGGGGCAAAGUCGAGGAUUCAGUUUCUCCUGAAAAUACCCCAGUAACUCCUCAACUAGAUAAUCAGGAAGCCUUUAAUAUAGAGAACUAG